GCCUGGUUUUAUGAAAGAGGAAGACUAUAAGUUAUCCGUUCGCUACAUGACUAGAGAAUUCUAAGUUGCUAGUCGUUUGCUCUAUAAGCAGGGCAUCAUAUCCUGUCCAUCUGCUCUUUGUUUCUUCUUUUUCCCUUUUCUUCCGUCACGCAGGCUGGACCAGCUUAUCUUUCAGCCUAGACUUCUUAUCUCUGGUGGUGGCCCUCUUCCGGAACUUUGACACUUUCAGACAGCCCAGGCUUUCGCGGAUACAUAGUCCGAUCAGACCUCAGCAUGGCCAUCCCCAUGCAUGACGAAGAGAAGGCUAUGAGAGCUUCGCUCUCUGCGCCUUAUGAUUCAGGCAAAGAGUCUACCGCCUCUCCUGCCUCGGGAGGCGCAUUUUCAAGAGUGAACGAUGCGAUUUCAUCUCUCAAGCUGCUUGAGAGGCGGGGUAUCGAGAGGGUACCCGAAACCGAACGGCAUAGCUCCGUGACGACUGCUGACUACCUGAAAAUGGGUGUUCUGUGGUUCUCGACCAGUAUCACCGCUAACAAUGUUGCCGUUGGUAUGUACGGGCCGUUGGGAUACUCAUUGAGCUUUGUGGACUCUGCUCUCUGUGCCACAUUUAGCGCUUUCUUGGGGGCUGCUGGAGUGGCGUAUAUGGCCACCUUUGGCCCGCAAAGUGGCAACCGUACAAUGGUUGUUGCACGAUACUUCAUGGGCUACUAUCCCAGCAAGAUUGCCUGUCUGUUGAACAUCAUUAUUAUGCUUGGAUAUGGUAUGAUUGAUUGCUUGGUGGGUGGUCAAAUUCUGGCUGCGGUGGCUGAUGGGAAGAUGACUGUUGUGGUCGGUAUCAUCAUUGUCGCAAUUCUCACUUGGUUGGUUGUCGUCUUCGGUAUGAAACCUUUCCACGCCUAUGAAAGAUGGGCGUGGGCUCCUCAACUGGUUGCCAUGUUUGUUCUUGUGGGUUGCGCAGGCCCCAACUUCGAUACCUCCCUCGUAUCCACCGGCAACACUGAAACUUUGAACGCGGAUCGCCUCACAUUUUUCUCAUUGUGCCUCUCAAGCUCCGUCGCCUGGGCUCCUGCUGGUGCUGACUUUUUCGUCUACUUCCCGCCCACCACCUCCAAGUGGAAGACCUUUAUGUCUGUCCUGGUCGGUCUUGGGCUGUCCUUGACCUUUGCCAACUUGAUGGGCGUCGGCCUAGCUUCGGGCACCCUGACGAACCAGAAGUGGGCCGAUGCCUACGAUACAUCGUCUGGUGCACUGAUUCUGGCCGGGUACGAUGGCCUCGGCGGGUUCGGCAAGUUCUUGGGCGUCAUCAUCGCUCUGGGCUUGGUCUCCAACAACAUCCCCGGCACGUACUCCGCCACUCUCGGCUUCCAGAUCAUGGGCCGGCAUCUCGAGCGUCUCCCGCGCUGGUCCCUGGCCUGCGUCAGCACCAUCAUUUACACCGCUUGUGCCCUUGGUGGCCGGAACCAUCUCUACGACAUCUUCGAGAACUUCCUUGCCCUCAUGGGCUACUGGGUCUGCAUCUACCUGACCAUUGCGCUCGAGGAACACCUGAUCUUCCGCCGCAACCGGGGCUUCGACUGGGACGCUUGGGCCGAUCGAGCCAAGCUGCCCCUCGGCAUUGCGGCGCUGACUGCGUUCCUCAUCGGCUGGGCCGGAGCGAUCGUCUGCAUGGACCAGGUCUGGUAUGUUGGGCCCAUUGCCAAAAUGGUCGGCUCAUACGGUGCCGAUCUGGGUAUUUGGGUCGGUUGCUCGUGGGCCAUGCUGGUAUACCCGCCGCUGCGGUACUUUGAGCUGAAGAAGUUCGACCGGUGAACUUGGAAUAUUGGAUUGGUUGAGUGGAGGGAUAAAAGGUGGAAGGUCCAAGGUCGACCUUCUGGUUUGGAUAACGUCCAGUCGCGGGAAUCACUUCAUCCCGUGGUCAUAUAUAUGAUCCAGGCAGGGCUGGGUCCCUAGCAUCUACGAUGUCUGUGCAUGCGUUAUGGAGUUAUGUAUUACUUCAUGUUAUAGAAAUGCUCGAGUCAUGUUGGUAAUGCAUUAAUGUCUG